AGAAGAACUGAAAACUAUUUUCAUAUGAGAAUAGUUGGAUAUAAGUUCAAUUGAAGUGGUGAUGACAAAACAAUAAGUCAGAAAUCAGUGGCACGCCUUUUGGUUAGCAAAUUGAGGUCAAUAAAAACUAACGAGUUCCCGCCGCCAUGAAAUUACUGGUACCGUUGGCCCUGGUGGCCGCGUUGGCCGUACUAUCGUACGCUGCCGAAGAGAAGAAGGAACAAGACUACGGAACCGUCGUCGGUAUCGAUUUGGGUACCACGUACUCCUGCGUCGGUGUAUACAAGAAUGGCCGCGUGGAAAUCAUUGCCAAUGACCAGGGUAACCGUAUCACCCCGUCGUACGUGGCAUUCACGGCCGAUGGUGAGCGAUUGAUUGGCGAUGCAGCCAAGAACCAGCUGACUACCAAUCCGGAAAACACCGUGUUCGACGCCAAGCGGUUGAUCGGACGUGAGUUCACCGAUACGACAGUUCAGCACGACAUCAAGCUGCUUCCGUUUAAGGUGAUCGAGAAGAACACUAAGCCACACAUCAAGGUUUCCACCGGUCAGGGAGACAAAGUGUUCGCUCCGGAGGAAAUUUCCGCUAUGGUUUUGGGCAAGAUGAAGGAAACCGCCGAAGCUUACCUGGGCAAGAAAGUCACUCACGCUGUCGUUACUGUACCUGCUUACUUCAACGAUGCUCAGCGCCAGGCCACCAAAGAUGCUGGUGUUAUUGCCGGUUUGAAUGUGAUGCGUAUCAUCAACGAACCCACGGCUGCGGCUAUUGCGUAUGGUCUAGAUAAGAAAGACGGCGAAAAGAACGUGCUGGUAUUCGAUUUGGGAGGCGGUACCUUCGAUGUGUCAUUGCUUACCAUUGAUAAUGGUGUGUUUGAAGUCGUUGCUACUAACGGAGAUACCCAUUUGGGAGGUGAAGAUUUCGAUCAGCGCGUGAUGGAUCAUUUCAUCAAAUUGUACAAGAAGAAGAAGGGCAAGGAUAUCCGCAAGGACGUUCGUGCUGUCCAGAAAUUGCGUCGCGAAGUGGAGAAGGCUAAGCGGGCUCUGUCUUCCAGCCACCAGGUGCGCAUCGAAAUCGAAUCGUUCUUCGAGGGUGAUGAUUUCAGCGAAACUCUAACCCGUGCCAAGUUCGAGGAAUUGAACAUGGAUCUCUUCCGCUCUACCAUGAAACCGGUGCAGAAAGUCUUGGAGGAUGCCGAUAUGAACAAGAAGGACGUUGAUGAAAUUGUUUUGGUUGGUGGUUCAACACGUAUCCCUAAGGUCCAACAGUUGGUGAAGGAAUUCUUCAACGGAAAGGAACCAUCUCGAGGCAUCAAUCCCGAUGAAGCUGUUGCUUAUGGAGCGGCCGUCCAAGCUGGAGUGUUGUCCGGUGAACAGGAUACUGAAGCGAUCGUUUUGCUCGAUGUCAACCCGUUGACUAUGGGUAUUGAAACCGUUGGAGGAGUCAUGACUAAGCUGAUCCCCCGUAACACUGUCAUUCCAACGAAGAAAUCGCAAAUCUUCUCGACUGCCUCGGACAACCAACAUACCGUCACCAUUCAGGUGUACGAAGGAGAACGUCCAAUGACCAAAGACAACCAUCUGCUCGGCAAGUUCGAUCUGACUGGAAUCCCUCCAGCUCCACGAGGUAUCCCACAGAUUGAGGUCAGCUUUGAAAUCGAUGCCAACGGUAUCCUGCAAGUGUCUGCCGAGGAUAAGGGAACCGGUAACCGCGAAAAGAUUGUUAUCACCAACGAUCAGAAUCGCCUUACUCCGGAAGAUAUCGAUCGUAUGAUCAAGGAUGCUGAACGGUUCGCCGACGAUGAUAAGAAACUGAAGGAGCGUGUCGAAGCACGUAACGAAUUGGAAAGCUAUGCCUACAGUCUAAAGAACCAGCUUGGAGACAAGGAUAAGCUCGGUGCCAAGGUUGCCGAUGAUGAUAAGAGCAAGAUGGAGGAGGCGAUCGACGAAAAGAUUAAGUGGCUCGACGAGAACCAGGAUGCCGAUUCCGAAGAAUACAAGAAGCAAAAGAAGGAACUCGAAGAUGUCGUUCAACCGAUCAUUGCCAAACUGUACGCCAGCAGUGGUGGUGCUCCGCCCCCAGCAGGUGGUGAGGAUGAUGAUCUCAAGGACGAACUGUGAGCUACUGCAAACUAGAGUGUAGAUUCGUUGUCCCUCGUACUAGUGAUUAGCCCUUCCAUCGCUCGGUCAAACCCGACUAGGUAACGGAAAGCUGAGAGAGCCCAUCAUGGGCGCCACGUUCAUUAUUAGCGCAUAGCAAACGGGAUAGAGAAUCCUUUAGUUCAGAAGUUUCAAUUGUGUGAGUAGGUGAAUGAAUGAGUGAUCGAGAAGUAGGGGCGUCUGAUAUCUCAUCUUAUUUUUCAGAUGAGAAGAGAAUAAACUUAAAGUUAUGAUUUAAUGAACAAAACACACAGAGUACUGCAUCUAUCGGGCGAGACGUUCCUUGGUCUAAUUUAUUGUUGUUAGUUUCUCUUUUGUUUCGCGUAAUUAGUCCGAGAAAGACGAUAAGCGCGCCUUUCAUUUGAUUCGAGCAUAAACCGACAAGUAAUUGCGGUUGACAGGUUAGGGAAUUCCGUCUACUUUUCGUUAGGUAUUUUUCUUUCUCAAUAACGACUGAUUGUAUGUAAGAAAGCGUGAUGCGUUUCCAGUAGUAGUUUGAAGAGGAUCUACGCGAGAAGUGUGAGUUUGUUUGUGCAUUUGCAUAAGACUAGACUACAGCUAGCAUUGAAAUCGUAACAAGAAAAAGAUUGAUUAAAAUAAAUUCUGUAUGAAAUGAUAAAAUAAAGUUUUAUAUCUAAAUGAA